CUACUACAUUCUUCUGGAUCGUAGACUGACUCUACCUGAACAAAGUCCUGCCGCCGAUCAUGGCCUCCAGUAUUUCAAUGAAAAGCUACUCUCUUGGCCGUCAGCCCUCCUUUUCCAGUCGUUCGCUGAUGGACACCGGCCGUGCUCGCUCUCGGGCUUCUGUGUCUUUCGCUGUAGCGAGCCCGCUCACCCGUUCAGCUUCCAUCAGCCAGGAUCUCAACGGGCCAGCAAGCCUUCAAAUUAACGGACUGCAUGGCAACAGCACCAAUGAGAAGGAAGCUAUGCAGAGUCUCAACAACCGUCUGGCCAACUACCUGGACAAGGUGCGUUCACUGGAGCGCUCCAACGCUGAUCUGGAAAUGAAAAUUAAGCAGCUGAUGCUCGAACGCAUUCCCAAAGGUCAUGACCUCGAUUCCAUGAUGGCCCAAGCUCAUGCUGUUGAGCAAGAGGUGAGGAAGAAGACCUUGGAAAAUGCUCGUCUCAUGCUAGAGAUCGAUAAUGCUAAACUGGCUGCCGAUGACUUCAGAAUCAAAUGGGAGACUGAAAUGGUGAUGUGUCAGUCUGUGGAGCGAGACUGUAUUGCCCUGAAAAAGGCCAAGACCGAUCAUGAGCAGAUCAUCGCCUCUUUGAGGGGAGAUUUGGACAGCCUGAAAGAGGAACUUUACUUCCUCAAGAAAAACCAUGAAGAGGAACUCGAGCAGAUGAAGUCUCGUAUUGCCAGAGAUGAGGUGAACGUGGAGGUGGACUCUGCCACCGGGCCCGAGCUGGGCACCAUUCUGUCCGAGCUGCGUUCCCAAUAUGAGGGCAUUGUGAAGAGGAACAAGGAACAGGCGGAGCAGUGGUAUCGCAAGAAGCUGGAGACGAUGCAGAAUGAAGUGAAGGAGAGCAACGAGGCUCUGAGGGGAGCUCAGGGAGAGCUGACCGAGAGGCAGCGCUUCCUGCAGACCCUGGAGGUGGAGCUGGAGAGUCUGCACAAACAGAUAGCAGCUCUGGAGGGAAACCUCGGUGAGACAGGUCAAAAGUAUUCUGCUGAGAUGGAGCGGCUGCAGGUCACCCUGAACCAGCUGGAGGAGGACCUCUCUCAGCUCAGGCUGGACAUGCAGCGCACCAAGACCGACUAUGAGCAGCUUCUUCGCAUCAAGCAAAACCUGGAGAUGGAGAUCGCCACCUACAGACGCCUGCUGGAGGGAGAGGACUCAGUCAAAGAAGUCCCUCCUCCACCAAAAAAGGAGCCCGAAGUCCGCACCAGAAAGAUCGUGAAGGUGGUGACUCAGACCAUGGUCAACGGCAAGGUGGUGGACGAGUCCAGCGAAGUGGAGCAGAUUGAGGAGUCGAAGAAAUAGAACAAGCAAAGAGCCAGCUGAAAUUUUAAAAUAAACAAAAU